AUGCUGAAAAGCCUGAAAUAGCAAAUUUCAUGAACUUUAUUUUGUCAUGAUAUUUUGUUUUUAAUUUUGAAAACAAUCUAGUUAAAAAAUGUUCAGAAGAAGACGUUCUCCAGGUAUUGGGAUACUGCUCCUUGCUGCUCAGUUGAUGCAGACUGGUGUACAGUAUAUUCCCCCAGUGACACUGGGUGUUAUUGCAAUAAACACCGCUAUUUAUCUUCGUUUAUUCACUGGCUUGCCAUCUGUCAGGCAGGCUUGCAUCAGCUAUGUUUAUGUAUGGUAUGGUAAAGAUUGGAGAAGAAUCUUUUUAUCGCCAUUUUUUCAUCUUGAUGACAUGCAUUUGUACUAUAACAUGGUGUCAUUCCUAUGGAAAAGCAUGUCACUAGAGACUAGACUUGGCAGCUCUGGCAUGGUCUACUUGUUGUCAGUAUUCUCUGUAUUAACCAGUGUUACACUUCUUAUCCUUGACUAUUGUCUGUCAGUGUUAUUAAAUGACUUAUCGUACCUACAUACAUGUGCGGCAGGGUUCUCAGGAGUGAUAUUUGCACUUAAAGUUGUGACAACAUAUAACCUGCCCUCUGGAAGCAUGACAAGUGUGUUCUUGUUUCGUGUGCCAAGUAGUAUUGCAUAUUGGGUUGAGUUGGUUGUUAUACAGUUAUUAGUACCAUCAGUGUCAUUUACUGGUCACCUUGCUGGAAUAAUUGUUGGUUUACUCUAUGUGAAGGGUCCAUUGAAAUACUUGGAUGGAUCUGUAGGUAUGUAUAAUCGUCAGUCACAGAUAAAUAAACUGGUGUACUCACCUCUAAUAUUUUGUCAACUAUCUGCUGGUUGCCGAACUAUAAUAUCUGUGUUUGUUGCCAAAUGUUAAUCCAUUAAUGCCUUUGUCCAGUGGCAUCUAUAUAUAGGCAAGGAGGAGCCUCAAGGACUCUUCUUGUGAAUUGUUGAAAUUCUGGCAAAAAAGUGGGAUAGGGCCUGCAAUUUAUGAAAUAAUGAUAACAUAUGGCUUUUUCAAGUAAACCAUUGAAGGUCCAAUUUUCUAUGGGGGAUCGAGUACACCUCUGGACCUCCAAAGCUUGUCACACCAUUAGCACUCCUGGUACUUUAAUGGCCGAAGUUAAUGAAAUCAUGACAAGUGUAUACAAAUUCAGUGAUUAUAAAAUGCUUACUGAAGAUGUAUUUUUGUGUAGGGAAUUUAGUUAGAGCAAAUCCUGUCAGGCCAUCCUACACUUACAACUCUGGAACAUCAGGUACAGCUGUAUAAAGUGACUUGAAACAUGAAAGUGUGACUAACCCCAAAUAUAAUUUUUGGUAUGUGUAAUACUUGGGUCAUUCUAAUUAAGAAGAAAUGUAUCGUUAUAGUAAGAUACCUACUGUAACUCAUCUAAAUCAUCUUGAUUUUUCACUGUCAAAGUUUCCAGAUAUGAUGUCAUUAGGUGAAUUUUUUAUACAAACAACAAAGGAAAACUAAUUUGCAAUUCAUAUCUAAUGACAUCAUAUCCGCAAACUUUGAUACUGAAAAAGUUGAUACCAAAAAUCAUGUUAAUUUUGUGGUUAGUCGCACUUUAACAUUUGAUCACCAAAUUUUUGGAUUUUGUGAAAAUGUUGUGCACAUACCAAACAAUAUCACGAUAGUUACUGACCGUAAUGAUAAUUACGAUAUAUUCUUGCUCAUGUUUCUGCAGUACCUUUGAUACAAUAUUCAAGAAUGAAAAGAUCAUGAUAAUAUCAAAAUAUUGCACAACCCUAACUGCUACAUACCAAAUGUAUACAUAUCUUAGUGAUGAUACACUUACCUUAUUUGUAAGACAGUUAUAUAGUAUAUAAGCGCCCUACUUAUUAUACUUGUAUUUAAAUUCGUGUGGUAUUAAAAUUUCCGUACCAUAUACCCUGUACUGUAGGUACACGAAUUUCAAACUAACUGAGAAAUAAUUGGCGCGCAAAAAGGUUUCCCUACGUGAAAACUAUAAUCCAUGUGUUAAUCUUUGCCAGCAUAACACAAACCACUCAAAGUUACACAAGGCGCAAACUAUAAUUCUAUAUGAUAUCCUGUGUUACAACCUCGUUCCCAGGCUACAUAAAGAAACUAUCUUUGUCUGGGGGUUUUUACAUUCAGGUGGCAUGGAAAUUUUAACAAGCACUUUCUCGAAAAUGUUAAGUAAUACUAUAUUAUAAUAUACUAAUCCAAAUGUCAUUUUAACACGGAAAAUCAAUCACUGCGUAUUUUUCUAGUUUUGCACCGUUUCCAGGAGUGCGAAAUUUAAUCAAACUGCACGAAAAUACCGCAUUUAGGAUCAUAGGGUGCACGAAAUGAUUGAACAAAACCUAGUACGACGAAAAUUUAAAUGAAUGUAAGGUAUUGAAAAACAUUUUAUUGUUUUGAUCAGGUCGUAGAACUCAGACAGUGCAGCGGGAAGAUGCAGAACUCCAAGCUGCGUUACAGGAAAGUCUGAAUGAUAUUCGACGACGUCAACACACUUCAGAUGCAUCAACGAGACACACUUCAGAUGCAUCAACGAGACACACUUCAGAUGCAUCAACGAGACACACAUCAAAUACAUCAACGAGACACACUUCAAAUACAUCAACGCCAUCAAAUGAUGAGGACAAUCACCUCACGAAUGAAGACAUCAGACAACGACGUCUCAGACAUUUUCAAAAUUAGUUUAAAAGAUUUUUGAAUAGGGGUGCACCGGAACUCGGUUCCGGCCGGAACCCCGAUUUUUUAGAGUUCCGGUUCCGGCCGGAACUUGUAAAAAAAGCAUGGCCGGAACCGGAACUCUGUCGUUUUCAGGGAGAUAGAAUAUCAAACGUUUUUGUGUCUAACAAAAGGUCACAGUAGGAAGAAAGUUGGACUACGCAAGGGAAAUGUACACUAUUAACACUUCAUUAUGACGUUUAACGUUUGUCAGUCUUUUUAUUCUGACAUUUGCGAACUCUCUACUUGAUGAUUUGAAGUGUCUGCUUGUCUGGCAGCGGACAAAGUAACAUAUGACUAUAUAUGGCUUAAUAAAUUAGUUCCGGUUCCGGCCGGAACUUUUUUCCAGUUCCGGUCGGAUCCGGUUCCGGCCGGAACUUAAAAAAGCGGUUCCGGUGCAUCCCUAUUUUUGAACAGUAGCUUUUUCUAGAAUUGACGUUGCGCUUCUUUCAGAAAUAGUGAGAGACGGUGAUGGGCCCGUCUACACGUGUCCAGAUUCGCUUGUAUUCGCAAACAUUUUGUUGCAGAUUCAAAACUUUACGCGUACACACGUAUCCGGAUUUUUUUCGUUUUCCACCGUCCACACGUAUCCGCAAAAACGAAACGAAUACUCUAGAAUCACUUACAGAGCAUGCAUGCGCUUUCACAUGUGUGGACAGACCAUGAAGUGGACCUUCUAUUAUUAAGUGUUAUUCUGGGGCUGGUUAUAUAAAAAAGUGAUUAAAGUUAACUAUAGUUUAGUGGAAACGUCAUCCAAUAAGAAGCGCCUAUUUGAGAAUUAAUCACUAUUUAACUACAAAAUAGUGAUUAAAAAUGUGAUUAAGAGUUUUAUAUACAAUCGGCCCCUGGAGUAUAAAGUCAAAGUAUUCUGACAUUUUGGAUCUGUUCAUAGCAGUGUCAGUAUCCUUCCCCAGAAAAUGCUACUCAGCUCGACAGAGAGUUUCCACGGAAAUAUUUUAUAUAUAUUUAAGUGGGUGAAUCGAUUUACUGUAUACGUCAUCGUUUUCAAAACGUUCUGGUUACAGUGUGUCCACACGUAUCCGGAUUCGUUGCAAACGUUUCCACACUGGAGAGCGUUUUCAAAAGUGUACGUUUUUGUCGGAUACGUAUCCGGGACGCGUGGACGAAAGGCGUCUAUACAGAAUGUUUCGGAUACAAACGAAUCCGGUAGAUAUUGCGUCGGUCCUGUGGGAAUGUGUUAGUAAAAUCACCCGUUGACGUGAGGCGUUAGACAGAGAAAACAAUAGAGUUGGGCGCAUUAGAACUUAAUGGGUUAAUUAACCAGAUACAUGGUAGAAUAGUCAUUACCUAUUCGUGUUAGGAACACAAGAUAAUUAAAAGUAAGUUGGAACAGUAACAGUUAAAUGUUAAAACUAGGGUCAGGGAAAGGACUACCUACAACAAUCACAUAUAUCUUAGAACUGUUGGUGUUCAAACUGUUUUGUGGGUCCUACAUGAAGUAAGUACCCAGAUAGUCUGAUUAACCCAUUCAGCGCCAGCGCUCUCUCCUUAAUGAGUAAUAUCGUCUGGCAGUAGACAGAGUAAAAUCAUAAAGGCGCAUUAGGGCGUAGUGCAACUUAAUGGGUUAAACAUGACGCACGCGCUUCUGACCAGAAACAGAAUAUUUUGCGCCUGAUGCGAAAAACUACCAUCGUUUCGUAUUGAAAAAAUAAAAAACAACUAAUCUCAUCGUUUGAAACCGUUUACACGUUAUCUUCUGUCAAUGCAAUAGGGGAACAGAUCAUUUAUAAAAUUUUAGUGCGGCGUAUUGGCAUAUAUAUCUCUUCGUUUCACCACGCUUGCCUAGCAACAUAAUGUUAAACUCAGUAUCUUAACAGUUUUCGCUUUUGUCAUACUGUCGCAUUUUUAAGGUUACAGAACACCUUUGAGGGUUAAUUUUGACUAAAAAUUUUUUAUUGGUUUCCAUGAAAGCAUUAGACUAGUUCUACUAUCUGACCAAGUUUGAACGAAAAAUGUUGAAAACUCGUGUAUUUAAUAAAAUACAUUUCGGUACAAUAAGAAAAACAUUGAAAAUGUAAUAUUCAAAUUCAAUUUUCUCCCGAAGAAUUUUACGGUAAUUACUGAUUUUCAAACGAGUUGUGCUCCUGCGGGUUUUGACUAAUUUUUCUCAAAUUUUCACUAUUUUACUGUAUAAAAAUGAUAUUUUCAUAAAUAUAACUUAAAACCAGCAGGAGCACAACCCAAAAGCGUAACGGUACCGCGAUUUAAGAUUUUCCUGAAUUGUUAAUUUUACAACUUUACCAUAUUUUGCAUACACUGGCGAACAUUUGGUGAAAAUGUUCUGAUAUUGAGCGCGCAGUAGCGAUUUUCCGCAAAACGCCAAAAAGGGUGUCCUGUAACCUUAAUUAAGUGUUAAGAUAUAUUCCAGAAACCGUUAAAUUCGAUGUCGUGACAACUGAACUCGGUAUCGCGGUAAAUUAUACAUACAGUACACACAUCCAGGUUGUUGCAACCAGGAAAAGAAACACAAACUAUAAUUUGUUAAUUUCCCAACCAGAUUGAACAAAUUUGAUUGUUUUGUCGGUAGUCCAUUUCCUCCUUCACAAAUUUUCGUAUUAAACUGUUUUAAUGAAUAGUUUUUCAGUUAUUCUGGUGACGCACACAAACAAAGCAAGAUGAACGUCCUGGCGGAGUUAAAAAUAUUGUUGUGCAUCAAUAUAGUUCAACAAAUAUGUUGUGACGUCUUAUCUUACGUGGGUAUUUUAUUUGUCAUGUGUUUAAAGGAGAAAUUUUGUGGGCAGACAUUACUCCUGAACGGCAUAAUAAUUAUUAUGUUGAUGUCGUAAAACGCAAAUCCGGUAUCGUGUAAUUGGGGCCUUCUACAUGAAUUAAUACUUGACGGAGGUAUGCAGUGUUCGAGUGCCUUCUAAUUUAUCAAUGUUCACGGUGCCGUACUUUGUUGUAAUGUAUAGAUAUCGAAAUAUAUGAUUGUUCAUGAGAUCUCUUACAUUCUACUAGUGAC